AUGGCGACUACCGUGGACAAGAUAGCCGGGAUCAGCUCUGACAUGUGUAACCAGAUGGCCAAAACCCAGAAGAACAAGGCGACUUCGUACCAUUUGGGUCAGCUUAAGGCCAAGCUGGCCAAGCUGAAGCGCGAACUGUUGACUCCCAGUGGCGGAGGUGGUGGUGGAGGUGCUGGUUUCGAUGUGGCCAGAACAGGCGUAGCCAGUAUUGGCUUCAUCGGCUUCCCUUCGGUGGGCAAGAGUACGCUCAUGAGCAGACUCACAGGCCAACACUCGGAGGCUGCCGCUUACGAAUUCACCACAUUGACCUCUGUGCCUGGUCAAGUUGUCUAUAACGUUCCUCCAUCACCACCACCACCACCACCACCACCAUCAUCAUCAGAAGGCGGCUCCUUUGUGUGUCAAACAUUGUGGCUGACAUGGAUUUCUCCAGGUGCCCCCUUGCAGAUUAUUGACCUUCCCGGUAUCAUUGAGGGUGCCAAGGAUGGUCGAGGUCGAGGUCGACAAGUCAUCGCCGUCGCUAAGACAUGCCAUCUGAUCUUCAUUGUGCUGGAUGUCAAUAAGCCUCUGACGGAUAAGCGGGUGAUUGAGGCGGAACUCGAGGGUUUCGGGAUCCGCAUCAAUAAGGAACCCCCCAACAUCACCUUCAGGAAGAAGGACAAGGGUGGCCUCAAUAUCACCAGCACCGUGCCCCUGACGCAUAUCGACCACGGCGAGAUUAAGGCUGUCAUGAGCGAAUAUCGCAUCAAUUCUGCGGACAUUACAAUCCGGUGUGACGCUACCGUUGAUGACCUGAUCGACGUUCUUGAGGCAAAGAGCAGAAGUUAUAUUCCAGUUGUCUACUGUCUGAACAAGAUUGAUUCCAUCAGCAUUGAGGAGCUUGACCUUCUCUAUCGAAUUCCUAAUGCUGUCCCCAUCAGUUCCGAGCAUGGAUGGAACAUUGAUGAGCUGAUGGAGGCCAUGUGGGACAAGCUAAACCUUGUCCGUGUGUACACAAAGCCCAAGGGGAAGCAGCCUGAUUACUCUCAGCCUGUCGUGCUCCGAUCUACGCGCUGCACUGUUGAAGAUUUUUGUAACGCCAUUCACCGAAGCAUUACGGAAGUGUUCAAGACGGCCAUCGUUUAUGGCAAGUCAGUCAAGCAUCAGCCUCAACGCGUUGGCCUGGCUCACGAACUGUGUGAUGAGGAUGUUGUAACCAUUGUCAAACGAUGA